AUGGACGAUUCGUCUGCUUCUUCCUUUAGCUCAAAGGAUGUGUCCUCCGCGAUCUCGCUGUACAAUUUGUCGACGCAUGACGGAAUGAAGCAUGAAAGCGGAUCGAUGCGACCUGGGAUGGAAUUGGAAAACGAAGAAAUUCAGGGUGCCGGGAUCUCAAGGCCGCUCUCGCGGUCUUCAGUAACGUCGUCGCUAUCGAUGGUCGCUACGAAAGACGGGAUCGAGGGACGAAAGGUGCACAGGUAUGGAAUCUCACCGUAUUCACUCAAUCUUCUCAACUCUAUGGCGCAAUCGCACUUAAAGAAGCCAGCGACGUCCAGGGCGGUAGGCGAGGGCCUCAGUGGUGCCUCAGAUGUUAUCGGUAGCGGAGCUCUUUCGGAUUUGAGUGGGGGUGCGCCAAUGUCGCUUCGUGACAAAAUGCGGCUUCUAAACGAUAAGUCGUAUUUGCCUCAGUUGAGCUCCUCUGUGGAGUCCUUUAACGACGGCAGCCUAGCGCUGUCUGACGAUGCGGAGAAGGAGAGCAAGUCAAGAUCCCAUGCGCUCUACGAAACUAUCAACAGCGAAGCUGACAGUAAUUUGAGCACCGUGGGAGAUGACACCUCUUACUUGCGCGAUGCAAGAAGUCUCCCACCGGUUUUUGUUGCUGCAGAUAGCGACCUCCAGUGA